ACCAGAAUGGCCGUUCCUGCCAUUCCUGUCAUUUUAAAUUUGAGUUGAACUAUAUAUAAAGUUAAACAUUAAUAAAAGCUCGUAUAGGUUUAACGCUGCUUUUAUGAAACAUGUCAAUACAUGUUACCGUGAGCGGGAAUCCUGUAAAUAUAUGCCGUGGAAGAAUGGUACUAUCGGACCUAGAUCAAAUCAAGAGGAAUGAACGUGAUCGUCGGCGGAGGUUACGUCUGGAGCAGGUCCGGCAACAGUCAAAGGAAAUGUCAAACCGAAUUAUGGAACGUACUAAAAAGAUAAAAAAAGGAUUGGAAAAGGAUAGGAGAUCAGAACUCGAGCAAAUGCAUGAUAGAAAGAUUAUGGAUUUACAACAAAAAUAUGAGGAAGAUCUGGAAGAUAUUGGUCAAGCUCAUGCCCUUGCUGCUUUACAACCAGAUGUGAACAUAAUAAUAGAAGAAGAAGAAAGAAAAGAUAGAGCUAUAGCCUUAAAAAGAGGAAAGGAUGCUAUAGAACGAAUAAAAGAAGCAAAACAACAAGAUAGCACAGAAGCAGAUUAUCAAGAAAGACUACGUAAAGUGCGAGAAGUAGAAAAUGCAAGAGCUGCAAUGAUAGCUAAACUUCCAAAAUCAAUAUCACCUGCAGAACAUAACAAGACAGAAACAAAUUCUUCCCAAGAAGAUACAAAUGAAGAAAUUGUUCACAAAACGUUAACUCCAAAGAGAAAGAAUAAAAAGGUGCUUCUAAAAAAAUCAUCUAGAAGGGCGAAAAAAUCUAAUUCAAAUGAACAGAAAACAUCAUCACUGAAACCAGGUCCUUCGGGAUUACAAAAGCAAUCUGUCAUACAAUCUCAUAAAUCACCAUCAAAAAAAAAAGAAGACAAAGUUGAUCAUAUUGAAUAUAUUGCCGAUGAUAUAAGUGAUGAUCAACCACGAAGAACAGUACCAAUUAUAAGCACUACGCAAACUGAGGCUGAAAAAGUAGCAAGAUACAAUCCAGAAGAUUAUACACAAAAUAUGUCAGAUAAUGCAAGUAAUAUCAGCAGUAGUAGUUUCAAUUCGACUAGCGACGAUUCGUCAUAUUUUUCUGAAGUCACAGAACAAAUCACAUGUAACACAACUCCAAAGACAUUUUCAAUAGAUAGUAAAGUGCAAUUAUAUGAUCACAAUAUGCGUCAAAGAAAUCUCUACAGCAGACCUUCUGGUAUAGUUGAAAGAAUUGAUAUUGGAAAUGAGCCAAAUGCAAUAGAAGCAGCACAAGCGAUAAAAGAUGCAGAGAAUGUAAAAACAUAUAUAUCCGAAAAUCGUAAAUUAAGUGCCCAGCGUCGUGGUGAAGAUGCGAUUUUGCGAGAAAAAGUACAAAAAGAUUUCCAGGCAUUCAUGCGGAAUCUAGAUCAUCUUGCACAAGAAGAGCGUAGAUUAAAAGUUAGUCAAAUUCAAUCUGCUGAAGAAAGUACGCAAACACGAUUACAUCAAAGAAAUAAAUGUCAAGAGGAACAUCAAAAGAAGUUAAAUCGCGCAGGUAAACAACUUUUUGGUACAGGUAGUGCACCGUCUCAAUAUUCUCAUCUCACGGAAAGAAUAAUCACUUUACCACCAAUGCAAAAGAAAGAUAAUGCUGUACCGCAUUCCACAUGGCAAGAAUCUCAUCUCAUUGAGGAAACAGAUGUUUGUCAUACACAACUGGAUAAAGAUAGCGAAAUGUCGCGGGAAGAACAAAUAUUAGAUAUGCUGAAAAAGGUCGAAAGACAAAAAAGAUUACUGUUACAAGAAUUUGGUGCAAGUUUGCCAGAUAAUAUAUUUAAUAUCAGUAUAAAGCCGGUUUUUGAAGAUAAAACGCAGGUAAAAACGAAAGUUGCCAAACCUUUGUCACCUGAAAUUAAAGUUAUAAAUAUGUCUAAUAGCAACGAAUGCGUAAGAAAAUAUCAUAAGGUGAGAAAACCGAUUAAAUCGCCUGCAAAAAUGAUUGAAAUUGCUGUACAGGCAGAACUAGACAAAACUGGUCCAGCAGAAAAUAAAAGUGUACAAGUGGAAUUGCCUCAAAAAGAAACAGAUAUACCACUUUCCAGUAGAGAUACACCUGCACAAAUACCUCAUCCGAUUGAACCAAAAAUUACUAUCAUCACGCCAGAGACAGAUGAUAGCAGUAAUGAUUCAACAAGCUCUGAAAUUAGUGAGAUGGUCAUUGAAAUUGAUAAAAAAGAAGUGAUUGUAACACCUAAAAGAAGAAAAAGCAGCGUACGAAUAUCGAAGCGACUAUCGCCUCGAGUUUAUCAGAAGAUUCGCUCAAUGUCCGUCAGUUCUAAAGCGACAUCACCUAUGAAGAGAUUUUCGAGAUCUCAGUUAGGCACUCGUCUAACUAGUCCUCAAAAGAAGACAAAAUGUUCAGAUGCACAGGUAGAUACAGCUAGUAGAAGAGUCGAUAUACAUGUGAGUAAGUCUGCAUUCACCGAUGACACAGAUCCAUCGCAGGAAACAAAAGUAUCGAUAGACGCCAGUGCGGAAAGCUCGCAAACAUUUUCAGGGGUGAACAAUAAAGAACAAACUUCAGAUAAACCGUAUCGGAUUCGCACACAAAUGAAAAGAUGGAUUCGAAUAAAAGAUACUUCCGAUACAUCGACAUCGUUUGCAAGUCCACCACCAGUAAAACCUAAAUCGAUGUUUGACGCUUUGACUAAUGUUACACCAAUCUUGGAGAUGUUAGAUACUUCAAGACCCGAAGAAUUCAGAAGAUUACGACAAGAAAUCAGUCCAGUCUCUACACCGGAAACUCCUUCGCCGCGUACAAUGAUGAUGCCGUCGAACAUUCCACAUCGCAAUAGAAUCAGCAGAAUGCUUAGAUACAGUGCGAAUGAUUCACAAACCAAUGAUAGUACUAUAAUUUCGUUGCAAAACGAUCAAUCUAUAUUAACAGAUCCAUCGGAUGCUUGUCAGUGGAAAUCGGCACCAUCGGAACGCUUAGUUACUCCUACACAACAACCGUCAGUAUCACCCAAUGUCUGUGUAUGCAAAAAUCCCGAAUGUAAACUGUUACAUACGAAACUCGAUGAUAUUCAUGAUUAUGCGCUGAAGAAUUGUCCUGAAAUAUUACAAAAAUAUGAAGAUCUACAGAAUUUGUGCACAGAAAGAAUAGCAUCUUUAACUGAUCUCAUUGAGAAAGUACGAAAUGAACAGAAAGGUAUGGAUCUUUCACUAAUUAGUCCAAGUGAUGAAACUAGUUUAAUGCAAUUACCUACAUCAAGACCAGUACGUGAAGAUGCACAAGCAGUGCAGAGACUGAUUGAGAGUAUAGAAGCAAUUCAUGCCCAACUUGCAAAAACUCUUCUUGAAUCACAAAAAAUUAUAGGGAGCGAAGCAAUUCCGAAAGAUGAACCUUCAUGUAAAACGGGAAUUCGAGCAGUCACUUCUACUCCCAGAAGUAAAUCAAUAGAUACAGUUAAAGCAUGUAUAGAGAAAUCCGAAGUAGUAGAAAGCAAAGCUAAACCAAAGAUUAUAAGCAAUGAGAGAGUUAAUAUACAAUUUAAUCGAUUUAAAAUGCAGCAAAGACCUCAAGCAACAUCAACAACAAAAACGUCAGAUCGUAACUCUUGGCCUCCGUGUACAUCUUCUCUUCACGAAGAAGAAGUAAUUGAGAAAUUGUCAAAGGAAAUUUUGGAACAAAGUAAGAAUAUGGACAAGACAAGCAUCGCCUCAAAAGAGGCUGAUGAAAUCUCUAUGCAACAUAAAAUGCCGUCUUCUAAGAAUAUUAGUUUUAAAAAUAACACAUCAUUAGAACAUGAAAAGAACAAUAGUAUUUCAAAAGAAGUUACUUCUACUCAAAAGGCAACAAAAGAAAAUGAUUUCAUUCCCAUAUUAGCUGGUAUUCCCAAAGUAUUGCGUAAUCAUGGAAUUGUGACAUCAAUAAGUACAAGACCCAAACCUCCUAUUACAUUGUUAAAUGGACCAUACAGGUCAGAAUUAGAAUCAUCAGGACAUGAAUUGUCAACAAUAGUGGAAUUUGAUACAACAGAUACAGUUAAUAAAAGCAUCAAGAGCCCGGCAAAAUCUAAACCAUCAGUGCAUGUUGCUCCUUUAUCUGUACAACAGAAUCAACAUUCUUCAGAGAAAUCACCAACAUCCAGCGUGAAACGUUCUGAUGAAACGCUGCUCUCUGUACAGAGAUCACCUACAACUAUCUGUAAAUCUCCUGAAAAGAUAAAAAGUACAGCUGAUGAUACAGCAAUAAAAACUGAAGCCAAUCGAGAGCAUAUGCUCGAAAAAUGUAAUAAAACAUUACAAUGUAACACAACCACUGAAGAACCUAUAUCUCAAGCAAAAGAUAAACUCGGUUCUUCUAUAAGUACCGAUUUUAAUAAUUUACAUAAAGAUAGUAAAAAUAAAACAACGUCCACUAGCUAUAGUUUUUCUGGAUUGUCUGGUAUUUCCGAAAUAACCAGUUCUCCGUCAUCAGAUAUUUUGAAACAAGUUUCAUCUUCAGAAGAAAUGGAAACUGCUUUGAAGAAAUUAGGUUUGGGCUGGGCUGUUACGACAUUAAAGAAAACUCGAGAAGCAAGUGCUCUUAGUUCAUCUUCAAAUUCAGAUGUUACACCAAUAAAUACAGCUAGAAGAAUGAUUUCUCCUACUAAGAAACAACAUGAUCCAAGUGGUCUUCCUGAUAUCAGUGAUGUGUCAUCGAUAUCGAUUAAAGAAGCUAGUAAAAGCACUGAGCAAGCUGUGCUUUUAAAAGGAAGAACUUCUACGCCUAAACUUCAAAACUCAAAUUCCAAUAGUGAGAGAUCUACUACUACAAAUACAUCUGAAAGCAUCCAAGAUCCAAGUGAUAAUUUAUCUGUACCUAAUGUGUCACUUAUAAAAACUAAAUCUGAUAAGCAACAAAAUCCCUGACAUAUAAAGUGCUUUAUACAUAUAAUUUUAUUAGUUACUUAUUUUUAGAGAUAUACAUUAUUAUAUUUGAUGGGAUUUUUUUAUGGGAGAUUAAUUUUAAAAUAGGGACCAUAUUUUCAAAUAUUAAUACGUAAAUCAUUUUUAUCUUGAACAAAUACAACACAACAGUUGUGUAUGUGACUAAUGAAUAGAGUGUUCACACUUUUGUUACAAAUAUAGCUCAAAAUAAGAGAAUUUUACAUUUUCAAACAACUUAAAAGACUAAUAAGAUGUCAAAUAAAUGGAAUUUUUGAAUGUCUGAUGCAUUAAAAAUGUAACAAUAUAAAAUGUUAUAUUUAAUUAUAGCCAAUAUAAUUUUUUUAUAUCUUUAUAAUUUCUUCAUAAAAAGUUGACUUUUUUAUUGUAUAUUAUUUUAAUUAUGAAGUAAUUAUAUAUAGAAAUGAGAUACUUAUUGGUUUUAUCUGUUCUAAUUGUAUAUAAAAUUGAAAAUCGUGAAUUAUGAUAACUAUGUUGAAAUUGACAAGAUAUAUUUUUUUAAUAAUUUAAAGCAUGAAAUUUUCUGCAUAUUGAAAUAUUUUGUAUAUUACAAGAAAUAUGUAAAAUUUACGACUGAGAGCAAUUUUAAAUGUUAAUGAUU